AAUAGAGACUUCCGGGAGGAUCAGUGCUUCUAUACGUGUAUUGAAACAAUAGAAAACGCCUGAAGAGGACUGUGCUAAUUUAUCAAAUCCUAAAUACCGAUCUCUACCACCAACUUAAGCCAAAAGCUUUUGGGGUCCUUUCUCUUUAACCAAGUAGAAAGUUUCUUGAGAAAACCAGCCUGGUGUGUCCCCAGCUGUGAUUGGUCUAGAGCCUCCUCUGCCCUCAGGGGGGCCAUUGUGAUGUCAUUCCAACUGCCUUAACAGUUCCCUGCUUGGGCUCGGUUCUGGUCAGUUGGCCCAGGAAGCUCUGUGGAGACUGCCUGAAGGAUUGGACGACAUCACUGGUUUUCCCUUGUCCUGUCAUUUGUGGUGUUGUUUUGUGUCGUCUAUUAGUUCUCUUUACUGUAGUGAAUCUUUCAGUUUUUUUGUGUGUUUUUGCUAUUUUUUCAAUUUCUCUCCCCCUCCCAUUUUUACAUUGUGUGCUUGUGUAUUUUCUUUAAAUAUUUAUUUAUUAAUUUUUUCUUUUUCUUUCACAGGCUAAAUGUACUUGAUGCUGUGUUCAUUUGUCCUUCUUGUGUUUCCUCCGUUUUCUGACUAUUUUCUCAUUUUUUUAAUCCUUUGACUUAGAUAAGACUGUUAUAAGACUUAUUGAUUAGCAUUGUUACCAUAGUUACCAUAGUUGGUGUUGCUUUCCUUCACCAUUUUUAGUAUUCUGUGUAUUUUAUAACUUUUAAUUCUUAGUUUUGAUAGUGUUAGUGAUUAGUAUACCAUAGUUCAUAGAGUUAGCAUUCUCUAGUAGAAAUAUUAGCAUAUUGAGUUGUCAAUUUUGGUUACCAUUUAGCUUGUUUGAUUUCUAUUUGUUUCCCAGUUUUUGUUGUUACUUUAGGUGACUAGUAAGUGUUCCCAGUGUCAGAGUGCAGGGUGGGGGGUGGGGUGGGGAUCCCACCAUGGAAGGCCUCACCGCCUUCACCAGUGAGGAGGAGGUCCUGGAUGGGUACCAGGUCCUCAGGGUCCUCGGCCAGGGCGGUUUUGGGCUGGUGAUCCUGGCCUAUCAUUGGGAAAGCAGGACCCAGGUGGCUGUGAAGGUUGUGGAGAAUGGUGGCCAGCACUCCUGCAGCUUCCAGCAGUUGUGCACAGAAGCAGAAAUAAUGAAGGGGCUGCAUCACCCUCACAUCAUUCAACUACUGCAGGUCAGGCACACCACAGAGAGGGGCUACAUUUUCAUGGAAGUAGCGCAGUCAGGGGACCUUAGAUGUUACAUGGUAGAACGAGGGUACCUACUGGAUGGAGAGAUUCGUCAGCUAUUUAAACAAAUUCUAUCCGCUGUGCAUUACUGCCAUUCGCAGCACGUGGUGCACAGGGAUUUAAAGUUAGAAAACCUGCUUCUCGACGCCCACCUAAACAUUAAGUUGAGCGAUUUUGGUCUCAGCUGCAAACUGGCUGGUGGAGAGCGCCUGAAGAAUCUGUGCGGGACCUUUGCAUACUGUGCGCCCGAGGAAUUCUUAGGUGAGGAGUUCUGCGGGUACAAGGCUGAUGGCUGGAGUGUGGGCGUGAUCCUGUACGCCAUGGUGGCAGGCUCACUGCCUUUUGUUGGAGAGGAUUUUGUGGAGCUGCGGGCAGCCAUCCUGUCUGGAUACUACAGAAUCCCCCACUAUGGAAACCCAGAGCUGUGUAACCUGGUGGACAGCUUACUGACCCGGGACCCUGAGGCCAGGCCCACAGUGGCAGACAUCAUGGGCCACCCAUGGCUCCAUGCAGGACAUGGAGCACCUGGAACCAGUGACGAGUUUCUGUUUCUUCCACAGGAGCAGGAAGGAUGGGAAUUCCCAUGGGGCCUCUGCCCUCCACUGUGGCUUCAUGAAUGGGAUGACCCCUUGCCCCCUGUGCCAUGCUGGGGGAUCUCCCAACAGCAGGGCUUCAGCAUCCCAGAAAUACAUGGGCAGGGCCAAGUGGAGCCUGCAGUACCUCCUCAGGGUCCUGAAGCUCUAAGCUCCCUUGAGGACCUGGGAUGCCAGCUGGGCCAUCAAGCAGGCUCCCUGCCACCCAGGCUCCCAGCCAGUGCCUUGUGCCCAGGACUUCAGCAGGAUCACAGCAAAGGGAAGCCCAUGCCUCAGGCCAUCCCCGGUGCUCAGAGCUGUCCCAUUCUCCAGUGCCUCCAGGGACACUCAGGCUGCAACACCAGAGCCCGUGAGUUUGCUGCUCUCAGCUCCCAACCACUGGUGCUUGCAGAAGGCCAGUCGGGGCAGACUCCUUGCCAUGGGACUCCCAGUGUGAGCAGCAGUGAGUCCUGCAGGACAGACAGGUCCCAACGGGCUGUGUGGACAAGGAGCCCCGCUGCCUGUGCAGUCCUCAGCCAGGAUGCUCUGUCCUCUCUCUCCACCACACUGAGCACCAACAGCAGUGAGGCUGAUGUGGAAGUCAGGAGCGGCUCCCAGGGUGCCUCAGAGGAACAGAGCAUCCCAGGAAUGCAGCAGCAGGAGGAGGAGGCAGGGACCUCAGACACGCAGGCCAGAAAGGGCAAGGGUCGCCUGGGGAUUGGCAGGAGGAUCAUCCAAUGCUUCAGCUGGAUGUGUUGUGUCCUGCCAGCCCCAGAGGAAAGCCCUUGAGUGCAGAGAGGAAAGUGGCCUCUUAGUAGCCUCUUGGGAAAUGCCCCCGAGGAGGGGCCCUUCCCUGAGGAGUGAAGCAAUGAAGGGAUAGUCAUGGACUCCUGUCUGGGAUGAGGGCAGGUGAGGAGGCAGUAAGAGAAACUGCAGGCAGAGAGGGAAGAUAGUGUUGCAUUUUUCAGAUGGCCAUAAGGAAACAUGUUUGCAUGGUUAGGGGUCAUGACCUUUUCCUAAGAUAGAAGAACAUGGUGUUCCAUUUUGCUUAGAAUUGAUCCAUGAACAUCACUCCCUAGUUAAACUUCCUGUACCCAGUCAUAUUGGGCCCCUCCCUUAGUCCCCCUUCUGGCUGGCAGGGGUGUCAUUUUCUCACAAAAACCUACUUUUGCUUUUUCUCCCUCACCCUCAUGAUCCGUGUUGGGAUUAUGUGAGAGAACGAAUGGACUUGAACUUCCUGCAGCAUCGUUGGUGCCGUGACGUGGAUGGACUCAGCUCCAUGGGAAAGGUGAGUAAGGCAGACUGCUUCUCUGGUGUUUGGAAAACCCCUGAUCUUCUACAUACUCAUUUAUCUUUUAGAUUCCCCAGGUCCCUGAGCCAGUUCAAAGCGAUUGGUGUGGGAUGCUGGUUGUAAGAUACAGGGCCCACGUUGGAUGACACUCUUUGUCCUCCUCCCACUUUAUUCUGUCUUUGAUUAUUGCCUGCACUCUGUGCUCAGGCGGCUCUCUGCCCUGGGAAGUCUUCUCACCCUGAGUUUCCUUCUCCAAGCCCAAGUUCCCAGGUCCCUGGAUGAGAAACUCCUGUGACAACUUAGAGCUCCUAGAUCUGAACUGAGGAGCCUGCAUUGCAGACCGAGGUGGCCUCUCCCAUUGAGCUGCCUUCUUGUGUGCCCCAAAGAACUCAGGACCCACAUGUCUGGGAAGAAGUCACCUGGCACCUUAACUCGUGCCCAUGCUUUCCGUUUUCCUGCCCAGGCUUUUCUUUGGCAAACAACAUGUUGGAAGUCAUUCCUGCCCAGAGCCAUGCUCUUAAAGGUGACUCACAGGGGAAAUUUCUAUCGUCAUGCGACACCCACGUUCCCCCUCUGCACAUUCAACAGUCCUGCAGCAAGGACCACUUGCCCACCCUCCACACUUGGGCAACAAGAGAGUUAGUUGAGACCCCCUUUGUAGAGCCUCAUUUCCAAGUUCAGACAUAAUGCAGGGACAGCAGGAGUGACAGAGGACUGAGGCAAUGACUGCUAGGGACUGCGGGAACCCCAAAGACUCAGCGACUUCUGGGAGAAUGGAAGGUCCUAAAACUCGGCUGCUGGGGGGGGCGACGAAGGAGGAGGCAGCUGCUAGGGUCCACGUGGUGACCUAGUGAUGCAGUGGCAGUGGGAGUGCCCAGGGAAGGAGCUGGUGGGGCCUGGGGACCGUGUGGUGGGGCCUGGGGGCUGCACAGAGGGCUCAGAUAAUCACAGGGGAGCCCAAGAAGAAGUAGGAAGAAUCCUCACGCAAUCAUAGGGAGGCUGCUGAGGACCGUGCUGGGGGCCCCAUGAUGGGUGGCUCCUGGUGGCUGCACCCCAGUGCCCCAGCACAAAGACGUGGCUUCACUGGGUGUGCCUGAGGAAGCAGGAGGCAGCCAAGGCAGGCCAUGAAGUGGUAGGUGCUGGGGAACUGUGUGGGGUGCCCAAUGCUGCUCCUGGAGGGGGAAGAGGAGAGCAGGGCCUGGCCCUGGAGAUUGAGGAGGAGAGUAGGGUCUGGCCCUGGUGGGUGAGGAGGGGAACAGGGUCCAGCCCUGGAGGGCAGCGAGUGGAGCUGGGCCCAGGCUCUGGUUUCACGGUGGGGAGCAGGAUCCAGGCUUGGAAGGUGACGAGCAGAGUGGGCCCAGGCCCUGGAAUGCGAGGAGCAGAGCAGGGCCUGCCCAGGAGGUGAGGAGGGUAGUGGGGCCUGGCCCUGGAGGGAAGCCCUGAAGUGGGGCCCAGGCCCUGGAGUGUGAAGGUUGGAGUGGGGCCCAGGUUCUGCAGGGCAAGGAGAGGUGCGGGACCCAGGCCCUGGAAGGCCAGGAGCAGAAUAGGGCCUGGCCCUGAAGGUGAGGAGGGAAGUGGGGUCUGGCCCUGGAGGGAGGCUAGGGAUGGGCCUGUGGGGAGAAAGGCCUGGCUCUGGAGGGGGAGGAGGGGAGCAGGCCCAGACCAAGGGUGUGAGGAGGCUUUCGGUGCCAGCACUGGAGUAUAAGGAGGGGAACACUGGCCCUGGAGGGUUAGCUGCAGAAAGGUCUCUGGACCUUGGACCUACAGGACACAAGACAUAGGACAUACGCGAAAGGACACAGUCUAUAGGACAAAGGACAAAGGCCACUUCAUGCUCACAGCCUCACUGUUGAGACCUCACCGAGCCAUGAGCAAUGUUUCCAAAUCAAAGCAGAGAUUGUCCCAGGUCCAGAGACCUUUCUGGAUCUAACCCUGUUACAGAAUAAAAGGUUUGGUUCCCUGCAA